UCUGACUUACCUGUUUAAUCGGUCAGGUGUUACUCGUGUCUGUCGUAACAGUAAUGAAUGCUGCGAAGAGGGUUUAAGGAAAUGAAUUGAUACGUGGAAAAAAUAACCCAAAACAACACUUAAACAGGUUAAAAAGAGUUUUAAAGGAGAAGAGUCUCCGGUUUUACUUAUCCGGUGGCGUCAGAAGGGAUACAAGAAGCGACGAGGACUUUAAUCUCAUCACUUGUUUACUGUACCUGUCGACAACAGCGUGAACAGAUAACGAAUGCGAAAGAUUCGGACGACAGACAACUAUAUAUAUAUAUAUUUGCUCUUUUUUGCCUCUGUAACUGUCUAUUUUUAAUAAGUCGUUGGCAGUGAGGAUUUACGCCUUUAAUUUGUUCCCUGUCAAUAAUAUGGAUUAUUAAAAAUGAGGUGUCCCAGCUUCCGAGACGCAUUUAGGAAACUCUAAAGUUAACUCUGCUGCUUCCGUGUGGAUUGCCUCCCGGGAGGAGUGCCAGCUGUGUAAUGACGAAGUUUUUUUCUGCUGAUAACCAGACGGAAAAUCUCAACAUCAUACAUAUGGAUAUGGAAGUAAAUAUAUCUGACAGAAAUUUAAGUCCUCCGCUAUCUUUAAAUUCAUAUGGAACAGAGAUGACAAAUACAACACUCCUGCGCUCUGGAAACUCCACAAUUGAUGGGCAAACACUUUUCUUGAACACCCCUUUAGCUCAAGGACUUUCAGGGGUGUUUGUAUGGUCAGCUCUACUUCUCACAUGCCACCAGAUUUAUAUGCAUCUUCGUUUUUAUACAACUCCAAAUGAACAGCGUUACAUCAUUAGAAUUCUUUUUAUUGUUCCAGUGUAUGCCUUUGAUUCAUGGCUGAGCUUAUUGUUUAUCAGCAAUGACCAAUAUUAUGUUUACUUUGAUUCUAUACGGGAUUGCUAUGAAGCAUUUGUUAUUUAUAACUUCCUUAGUUUGUCCUUUGAGUACCUUGGAGGAGAAAGUGCUAUUAUGUCUGAAAUCAGAGGUAAACCUAUCAACUCUAGCUGUUUAUAUGGAACCUGCUGUCUGGGGGGAAUGACUUACUCAAUUGGAUUUCUACGUUUUUGUAAACAGGCUACUCUACAGUUUUGUGUUGUAAAGCCCAUAAUGGCUGUGUUAACCAUCAUAUUGCAAGCAUUUGGCAAAUACCACGAUGGAGACUUUAAUGUAAAAAGUGGUUACCUUUACAUUAGCAUCAUCUAUAACUUCUCGGUUAGCCUGGCGCUGUAUGCUCUUUUUUUGUUUUACUUUGCAACCAGUGAUCUUCUUCGUCCUUUUGAACCUAUUUUGAAAUUUUUGACAAUUAAAUCAGUUAUAUUUUUGUCCUUCUGGCAAGGUAUGUUGCUUGCACUACUUGAAAUGUGUGGAGUCAUCCCUGAGGCAUUAUUAAUAGAUGACCAUCACGUGGGAGCAGGAACAGUGGCAGCAGGAUGGCAAAACUUUAUUAUCUGCAUUGAAAUGUUUUUUGCUGCAAUUGCACUCAGAUAUGCCUUUACAUAUGAAGUUUACCAAAACACAAAGACUGAAUCUCCAGGUAACAGUGCUCCAAUGCAGAGUAUCUCCUGUGGCUUGAAGGAAACCAUGAACCCCAACGACAUGGUACAAGAUGCUAUUCACAAUUUUUCUCCAGCCUAUCAGCAGUAUACUCAACAGUCUACACAAGAAGUGACAACCACAAAGCAGAAUGGCAAGUUGGAAGAACAUGGUCCAGUGAACUGGACGAAACGACCAAAGAAAAAUGAGAAACUUAAUCUUAUCAAUUCAGACGAUGAACUGUAGGCCUUUAACGUGCCUUUUUUACUUUCGUAACAAUUAAGGCCAUUUACUGUUGUCAUAUUUUGGAAUUGUUUGUAAGUCAAGAUGAAGUUGCCCAGAAAUCCUGUAUGAAGUAAUGAAACAAAGACUAUAAAUUCUAAAUUUGCAAGCUGAAGACAUUACUUUUUCUGGGUUAUUUUUCUUUCCAUUUUGUUUUUUUCCUUUGUCCCAAUCCCCUUCCAUUUGUACUUAUGGUUUUAUGAUUUAAAUGAGAUUAAUCUGUUUUCUGUUGAUCUCUGAGGUGAAGCAGAUGUUUUGCAUUACGAUUUCUUUGUUUCUACAGAGAAAAUGGCAGACAAUGUAUUGGAAAAUGACUUUAGUUGUCAUAUGCAGAAUGCUCAUUUUGAAAAUCUGAUAUAAGGAUGUCAAGUAAUAUAGUCUGUCACUAUAAUACAAAUGAAUAAGCCAUGUUUUAAAGGGCAUUAAGAUAAAAUGUAUGCUUCAAAAAAUAACAGUGUUUAUUAAUAAGAUUUUUUUGUAAAAAAAAAGAAAAACACUAUACUUUUUUGUGUAUAACCAGAAAUGUUUUUAAAAAGUUCAUUUAAGUUUUAAAUUGCCAGUGGAGCUUAGGGUAGCAGCUGCAUCUGCACUAUUAAAAAAAAAACAAGCAAAAAAAAAAAACAACUUUGUAAGUGG